GUUAUAUAUAAAAAAAGCCCUCUCACUUCUUCCUUCACUUUAUAUUCUCACAGCCAACACACGGUGUUUUCUCUCUCGCGCAUCUCACUUCUUCAAUCGAAUUGUUCCAAUUCCGAUUUAGGGUUUCACAUCGCCGAUGACUCUUUACCUUCCAAAAACAGCAUCAUCGUUUUCAUCCGUUCGUCAUCGUUCUUGUGUUAUGAACCUUGGCAGGCUUUGGUGUUCUUUCAAAACCUUCUUCCGUCACUGGACUUGACUCUCUCCCCUUUCACUCUUCCAAUUUUAGGGUUUUCAAUUUUCUCUCUCUUAAUCUCUCUCUCUUUUCCUAUUCAUUUUCGCUUUCGUUGUUUUAGUGACGCUCUUGAUUCAUUUCUGAAAUAAUAAUAAUCAUUGUCGGAGAGAUACGAUACAGGCUUCGAUUGUGAUUGCAACGACUGAGGUUGUUUGUUGGAUAUAACAAACAAACAACCUCAUUGGGGGUUUUUAGGGUAGUUUGAAUUGUUUUUGUUAUUGAUUUGAUUUUGAUGGCUAUACCAAAAUUGAUUCCUGGGUUUCGAUUCCAUCCUACUGGAGUUGAAUUGAUUAAGUACUUUUUGAAAAGGAAAGUGAUGGGGAAAAAAUUUCAUACUGAUGUCAUUGCUGAACUUGACAUAUACAAAUAUGCACCUUGGGAUCUCCCAGAUAUGUCUUAUCUGAAAAAUGGGGAUUUGGAAUGGUACUUCUUCUGCCCGAUUGGGAAGAAGUAUGGAAGUGGGGCGAGGUUGAAUCGAGCUACUGAAAUUGGGUUUUGGAAAGCUACUGGUAAGGAUAGAGCUGUUCAACACAAUAGUCAUACGGUGGGGAUGAUAAAAACCUUGGUGUUUCACACUGGAAAAGCACCCCGUGGUGAUCGAACGGAUUGGGUUAUGCAUGAGUAUAGGCUUGAAGAUAAGGACCUAGCUGACAAAGGGAUUGUUCAGGAUUCAUAUGUAAUCUGUAGGGUAUUUCAAAAGGAAGGUCCUGGUCCCAAGAAUGGUGCGCAAUAUGGGAGACCAUUUAUUGAAGAAGAUUGGAGUGACGAUGAAGUGGGAAUACCUUUUGUUGAAUCGAAUGGGCUUGUUCCCAGUUUGCCUGUGACAACUGUUAGUUAUGUUAUGAAUGACCGGAAUCUUCAAGCUAGUAGAUGUAGUGGUUCAAUAUCCAUGCCAUGUCAAUCAGGAUUGAUGCCUUCUCCCAUUCCUGUGAGUUCAUGUCAAACAGGAUUGAUUCCUUCUCCCGAUCCUGCGAGUUCAUGUCAAACUGGGUUGAUGCCUUCUCCCGAUCCUGCGAGUUCAUGUCAAACUGGAUUGAUGCCUUCCGAUCCCGUGAGUUCAUGUCAAACUGGAUUGAUGCCUUCCGAUCCCGUGAGUUCAUGUCAAACUGGAUUGAUGCCUUCUCCCGAUCCCGUGAGUUCAUGUCAAACUGGAUUGAUGCCUUCUCCCGAUCCCGUGAGUUCAUGUCAAACUGGAUUGAUGCCUUCUCCUGAUCCGGCAAAUCCAUGUCAAACUGAAUUGAUGCCUUCUCCCAAUUUGGCGAUUUCAUGUCUAACUGGAUUGAUGCUUUCUCCCAUUCCUGCAAAUUCAUGUCAAACUCUAUCAAUGCCUUCUCUUGAUCCAGUGAAUUCAUGUCAAACCAGAUCGAUGCCUACUCCCGAUCCAGUGAAUUCGUGUCAAACUGGAUCGAUGCCUACUCCCGAUCCCGUGAAUUCGUGUCAAACUGGAUCGAUGCCUACUCCCGAUCCCAUGAAUUCAUGUCAAAUUGGAUCUAUGCCUACUCUCGAUCCCAUGAAUUUGUGUCAAACUGGAUCGAUGCCUACUCCCGAUCCUGUGAAUUCGUGUCAAACUGGAUUGACGCCUUCUUUUGACCCCGCAACUCAUCCAUAUCCAGACAAUCAAGCUAUUAGUAAUGAUGAUGAUAUUUUAUCAAUGCUUGAUAUUUUCAAAGACUACAACACAUUUCCUGAGGAAAAUAUUGCUGAAGGUGCACCUAUGAGUGACUUUUUUGAGGGUUUGGGAGACCUGGAUUGCUCGGCCGCAUUUGGAUCCUUUUACCAGAAUGCUGACUUUAGCACAGACGGAAUGAGCUUGAUAGAUCUAGACUCUGAGUUGUUCUGGCAGAGUACUGCCCAACCUGAAAGGUGGAGUUCAAAUAAGUAAAUUUAUUGGGCCUCGUAGCAUGACUUAUAUUUGAGCACUACUGCAACUAGUGAUUCGAUCAUUGACCUUUUAUGGAUAAAGACUCAUUGUUUAAUUUAAGUGUACUUUUAUAUUUUGUAGUACUUAAUAAAUCUAAUAGUUGAAGUAUCAUUAGCAACGUAGUAUUAUUCUAUAGUUGGCUCUUGGUGUUUUGAUGUCUACACAUGAUCAAUGAUUUUAUCUUCAAAUUGUUGAACUAAUGUUACUGUUUGGAUUGAUAUAUGGAAGUUUCAUUGUUUUA